GAUUUUGCAUUUCAGGGGAGGAGAACUGUUUGUAAACAAAACAGUUUUCCUCUCUCUCAGCUCCUGCAUACUGCUUUGCAUGGCUGUUCACAGCACAGCCAUACAAAGCAGUGUGCUCACAGUGAAGCAAAAACACAUGGCCCCAUAGUAAAAACACUCCCAGCACAGUUAACCCUUUGAUCACCCCUCAUGUUAACCCCUUCCUGCCCAGUGCCAUUAGUACAAAAGUCAGUGGGGGUUUUUAUAGCACUAAUCACUAUUGUUGUCACUGGAGAUGUCAGUGACACCAAGUCAGUUCCCCUCAGUGUCAGAAUGCCCACUGUAGUCUCGCUAUAA